GUAAUUCUCUGAAGGUCAUUCUCUUCUCAUUCUCUGAAGGUCAUUCUCUGAAGGUAAUUCUCUUCUCAUUCUCUGAAGGAUUCUUUUGCUGCUGUAGCAAACUGUCUCAAAUUAAGAUCCAAAAGCUGUGUACCUGUGCUGUAUACCUGUGCUGUGUACCUGUGCUGUGUACCUGUGCUGUGUACCUGUGCUGUGUGCCUGUGCUGUGUACCUGUGCUGUAUACCUGUGCUGUGUACCUGUGCUGUGUACCUGUGCUGUAUACCUGUGCUGUGUACCUGUGCUGUGUACCUGUGCUGUAUACCUGUGCUGUGUACCGUGUGCUGUGUACCUGUGCUGUGUACCGUGUGCUGUGUACCUGUGCUGUAUACCUGUGCUGUGUACCUGUGCUGUGUACCUGUGCUGUGUACCGUGUGCUGUAUACCUGUGCUGUGUACCGUGUGCUGUGUACCUGUGCUGUGUACCUGUGCUGUGUACCUGUGCUAUGUACCGUGUGCUGUGUACAUGUGCUGUGUACCGUGUGGUGUUGUAUACCUGUGCUGUGUACCGUGUGCUGUAUACCUGUGCUGUGUACCGUGUGCUGUGUACCUGUGCUGUAUACCUGUGCUGUAUACCUGUGAUGUGUACCGUGUGCUGUGUACCGUGUGCUGUGUACCGUGUGCUGUGUACCGUGUGCUGUGUACCGUGUGCUGUAUACCUGUGCUGUGUACCGUGUGCUGUGUACCUGUGCUGUGUACCUGUGCUGUGUACCAUGUGCUGUAUACCUGUGCUGUGUACCUGUGCUGUAUACCUGUGCUGUGUACCUGUGCUGUGUACCUGUGCUGUAUACCUGUGCUGUGUACCUGUGCUGUGUACCUGUGCUGUGUACCGUGUGCAGUAUACCUGUGCUGUGUACCGUGUGCUGUGUACCUGUGCUGUGUACCGUGUGCUGUGUACCGAGUGCUGUGUACCGGGUGCUGUGUACCGGUUGCUGUGUACCGGUUGCUGUGUACCGGGUGCUGUGUACCGGGUGCUGUGUACCGUUGCUGUGUACCGUGUGCUGUGUACCUGUGCUGUGUACCUGUGCUGUAUACCUGUGCUGUGUACCGGGUGCUGUAUACCUGUGCUGUGUACCGGGUGCUGUAUACCUGUGCUGUGUACCGGGUGCUGUGUUCCGGGUGCAGAAGUUCAUUGGGCAGCAGCGUAA